GGCACUAUGACAAAAAAGAAAAAAAAAAACAAAGUCGACUAGCAUGCACAUGAUCAAGCUUAAAAUUUUAGCGAUAUAACAAACAUAAAAAAAAAAUUGAUUUAAAAUUAGUUAUAUAAAUUUAUUUAAGUGCUGGUUCUGAUGAGUACUUCGUGAUAAUUAUAGUUAGCAUAUUUUCUAAAUUAAAAUCGAUCUCCAUCGCUCUCGGAUAGAUUUGUGAUUAGGGGGGCAAAGACGAAGAGUAUUUUAGCCUUUCUUGUGAUACUUUUAGAUUUUGAGCGGUCUUAUCUUGUUCUACACCUUACCUUUUACCAUGUCUACCGUUCCGGUAAGGCCACCACCUCCUCCGGCUGGUUUACAUCUUCGUCGGAACGCCUCUUCAACGACGGCUUCGAGAUCUGCGGCAAUGGUUGCUGCGGUUUCGAGCAGGCAUUUUCUUGGGUUCUUUACUUAUAAUAGAUGCUUUGAGUUUAAAUCCUUGAGCCAAAUGAGGUAUCCGGCUUUUUUGAGCCGUCGGCAGCGAGUAACCACGGUGGUGGCUUCAGCGGGAAACUUGACGGCUCCGUCGUCGUGGGAGUCUUGGAAGCCAGAUAAGACGGCGGUGGCGACGCCUCUAUUGCUGAGUGAUGUCAUCUGGCCGGCAGCUGGAGCGUUUGCGGCAAUGGCAAUAUUGGGAAGAAUUGAUCACAUUUUAUCUCCAAAAGGAAUUUCAAUGUCAGUGGCACCACUUGGCGCCGUCUCCGCCAUUCUUUUCAUCACUCCAUCUGCUCCUGCUGCUCGGAAAUACAACAUGUUUUUGGCUCAAAUAGGUUGUGCUGCCAUUGGAGUGGUAGCGUUCUCCGUCUUUGGACCAGGCUGGCUUGCCAGGAGCGUCGCACUCGCCGCUUCCAUAGCUUUUAUGGUCAUUGCUCGAGCCAACCAUCCUCCUGCGGCGAGCUUACCAUUAAUGUUCAUAGAUGGAGCGAAGUUCCAUCACUUGAAUUUUUGGUACGCAUUGGUCCCAGGUGCGGCUGCUUGUGUCAUUCUCUGCCUUCUCCAAUCGAUCGUAUGUUACAUGAAGGAUAAUCUAAAAUUUUGAUUAAUUGUCAAGCAACAUAUACGAUCAAAUGAUAUAUAUAUAUAUAUAUAUAAUAGUAGUAAUAAUGUACAAAUAUACACACAUUGAUGGGAAUCUUGUGAAGAUAUUUGAUUCGUGUGUACACUUGAUUUGAAUGUAUGUAAAUGACUAUAUAUAUAUAGUACGUUCGUUCAGCA